ACCACCAAAAGCAACUCAUCUCCCCUUCUUGGGUUCCUUAGCUUUCCCUCUUAUAUCCAUCCUGCUGUUGUUCUUCCUAUUUAAAAGAGAUGGGGAACCAACUUAUACUAUUCAGCCUUUUAGCUCUCACCUUUGGUUGCCUUGCUUUAGCCUACGAGCCUAAACCSCUUCAAGAUUUUUGUGUAGCCGAUCCCAACAGCUCAGUGAAAGUAAAUGGUGUAACGUGCAAGAAUCCAAUGCAAGUUCAAGCACAAGAUUUCUUCUUCAGUGGGCUACAUCUCAGGGGUAACACAUCGAACCCUCAGGGAUCAAGGGUGACCCCAGUGUUUGCAACUCAAUUGCCAGGGCUAAACACUUUGGGCAUCUCAAUGGUUCGGAUUGACUACGCACCAUGGGGACUCAACCCUCCUCACACCCACCCACGAGCCACCGAGAUCCUUACGGUUCUUGAAGGCUCCCUACAAGUCGGAUUUGUCACUUCUAAUCCCGAAAACCGCUUUAUCACAAAGGUACUGCAAAAGGGUGAUGUUUUCGUGUUCCCAGUUGGACUCGUUCAUUUCCAGCGCAACAUUGGUAACGGGUAUGCAGUUGUUAUUGCUGCAUUGAGUAGUCAAAACCCAGGUGCCAUAACGAUCGCCAAUUCAGUUUUCGGUGCAAAUCCUCCGAUCCCAAGGGAGAUUCUAGCGAAGGCAUUCCAAGUCGAGGCGAGCAUGGUGGAUCAGCUACAAGCAAAGUUCUAG